AAUAAUUUACACCCAAUUACAUAAACAGAUUUCACAAUUGAUUUAUUUCUGCUAGGGAAACCCAGGUUUAAGUAGAUUUUGAUCUGAUUUUGGGACAAUCCCACUUUUAUCUUAUUUCUUACAUAUGUUCAUAAAGCACAUUUCGUUACGUUCUGACAGUUACACUUUUGCCAUUGCUUGACUAGGAGUCAUAAUGUCCAAUUGGGUACCAUUUCUGCUUGUACUUGCUGUCACUCCAUUUUCUAAGGCGGAAGAAAUUUGUCCUGAUGGAGCAAAUUUUUGGCCUCAUCCAGACUGCCAAUUCUAUUACGAUUGUAACUUCGGUGACGCUCCGAUACUAAAACAAUGUCCGGCUGAUCUGUACUGGGACGUUGCCCGAAGUUUCUGCAACCUCCCGGAAAAUGUCCCAGAAUGCGUUGGAGGGACAAGGCCACCUGUCACCACCACCACGACGACCCCACCAACCACCACGACACGACCAACAACCACUCGCCCAACGACGACUACUCCCACGACAACGACCACACCUCGUCCUACCACAUCCCGCACAACGUUGCCUCCCCGACCAUCUCCUCCUCCAUGCGAAUCCCGCUGUUGUCUUUUCCCAUCUGAUCCAGUCUGGAUUCCUCCAGGUCCCUUAAACGUUACGUUCAAUCCCAUCCUAAAAUUGGACGAAUGGAGUACAAUUGGCGAACUCUACCUGGCGGGAUGGUCUGCCAAUGUUCGGACUUGUUCCAUUAACCUAGUUGAUUACAAAAUAAGCGUUCAUGCCAUAGUUCCUGCAGUACAGUUAACGACUGAGUUUGACAUUUCCGGCUACGUUGACCUACGCCCACUGGAAUUUCUCCCGUCUGGAAACUUCACUGGGGCAGGAUUUGCAGAAAUUUCCGUAACCAACUUGGAAUACACAAUUAAUGGGACUUUUUUCGUUAAUAUAAUCGGAAAUAGGGUCAGCAUGCGGAUCUUAUCGGUUGAAAGUGUGUCAUUCGACAAUUUCUAUAUAGAUUUGGGGCCAGAAUUUGUGAUAGCAGGAACUCCUGCCGAUUGGGUAGAAUUGAAUGCAAAUUCGAAAACUAGAUUUGAUCAAGAAUGGCCAAUACAUCGGGUACAAUUCACAGAAAAGAUUAGAAUUGGUAUCAACGAGUUAUUGUAUCCAUACACGUUGGAAGAGAUGAUAGAAUUCAUGUUUGGCGAUUACUGCCCGUUUUGCUCAAAUACUUGA